AUGGCUUGGUAUUUGACUGUGUUGAUGAGCCAAGCAGGUCUUGACGGAACUUUGUCGUUUGAACCUCAAGGAUCUGCAAGUGCUGAACGAACUUUUCGAAAUGAGAGACGCCUUGGUUUGAAUGAGAGAACUUUGGUACCUUGGGCGCCCCGCAAGGUCCGGAUGGAGAAGCGCUUUGGGAAGCUUCGGGAGGGCGGGAAAGAGAGGAGAGGGUCCACAGUACCGUUAAUCGAGCACAUGUCAGAUUUGGGUGAGGAUGCUUUUGGUGUUGGUGUUGAUGCUGGUGAGGCGGGGUACAUACUGCACUUCGUGGUGCAUCAACCAGACGAGACCCCUCACUCGGAGUACAUCCCCUCCCAAAUGGGGACACACAUGCAGGCCUUCACCACUCACCACCAAGCAGACUGCAAAUCAACGGAGACGUGUGUGCGUGCAUAUCGCCGCUGGGACCUUGCAUGCUUGGUCGUCGUUGCGUUACUUGGCUCCCAAGUCAACUUGCCUCCUCACCAUCGUACAGCAAUCAUUAUUCGACACAGUUCUUCCUUCUCGGUACCUAUUUGGGACUGCCAGUCAAGUCAAAGGAGUCGUGCGGGUGUUUUCCCUUUACCUUCAGCCGCCCACCAUCCCCAUCUCACGCCUGCACUAGGGAUCAAGUCCAAGUCCAAGUCCACCUCGAGCUGUCUCAACCCGGACAAUUGCCUCGCCUGCUGGGUCACGCGCAGAAGCUCCCCGCCAUCCGAUCCCCCUACUAGCCCAACCGCCAAAACCCCACCAGCGAUCCGCAGCCUCGGGUUCCCGCAGGCAUCAGCUCAGCCUCCAGGGCGGUUGCAUUUCGUGCCUCGACCAGCUUCACGCGCGGCUUGCCUCUCUCUAUUCUUGUUGUCGAUUGCGACAAGCUCUUUUCGAGGGACGAUCUUCUUCUUGAUCCUCUGGCUCAUGCCCUCUUUUGGCCUCUCGCGAGCCCUCUUGUCUGUUCCUCUGCCCUGCCUGCUGCCUCCCACCGUCGCCACUGAGAAACGAGCUGCCUGCGACCUGCUUGAUUCAUGGGCCCGUCGACGAGUCAUCGCUUGGAGUGAAUCGUCACCACUCCCGCCUCCCCGUCGCGAUACUUUGCUUGCCCGAGUGAGCAGUCCCGCACCUUCGAAUCAAACGCAAACACAGUCUUCAACGCUGUCGCCGUCGGCCAACGCAGAAACGCCCGCAGCAGCUGCAGGACUCUCUGCCUCGGAGCCCACGCUCCGCUUCCCCAGGCCCCAGGUCAACAAGCAGCUUGCGAAUUGGAUAUCCAGCAGCAACCCCAACAUCAUGGAGCUGGCUCCGACCCACGACGACAACAGCCUGAGCGAGUCGACCUACGAGCUCAUCUCGGGCCCCAACACCGACACCGAGGAGUCUCAGGAUGACAACUACCCUGGCUCUAUUAGCGAGUCUGUCGGCUCGCUCGACCGGGCAGACGAUGUCCAGAGCUUGGCCGGCACGGAGGACUCGUACGAGACCGAGUCUGCCGUAGACGAUGCCGACAUGUCCGGCGCAUCACCUGAUCGCGCCUCGUCUGAGCGCGAUGAAACCGAGGACGAAGAGGACGACGAGGACUCGGUGCAUGAGGACGCCGUGCUGGCCGAGUCCCAGAUAACAAACGAGGACAACAAGCUCGAGCCCUUCCCGGUCUUUGAGAACGACGUCUACUCGCAGUCGUCGCUCGAGUAUACGCAGCAGAGCCUGGGAACCCCGUCCUUCCCGACCCCCGAGGCCAGCCGAGUCAUCGAGCGGCCCGGCGAAGAUGAGAAGAAGAAGUCGUGGAGCACCAAGGCGUCCGAGGGUUGGGGCGCAAUCAGAGCCCAGCUCAAGGAAGCCGGGCUCGAGGCAACAUGGGAAUAUUUUCCCAGCGUCAUGUUCAUCCUCGUCGCCCUGAUAGGCAUCCAGAUUUUCCUACCAGCAUCCCAGCCCUCUGAUGCAAACAAGCAAAUGUCGCCUCCCAUAACCGCCACAGUCACGACUACGUCCUACCUCACCUCUUCGUCGUCAUUACCGGCUUCCAGUAGCAGCAGCAGUCUCGUGCCUUCAUCUACCAAUGGCGUGGCCUUGAUGCCCAUUAGCGACGCCCAGUCGGUCGACUGGAUAUUUGGAGCCAAGAGGCCGACUGUGUCAUUCACCGCCGAAGCAAACAAUGAGAUUGUGAUUCACAUCCCCGAGAAUAUCAAGAAGACAUGGCUGACCAAGGACUGCCUGACGGUGACGACCAAGAGAGAUGAGGUCCUUGUCGACACCACCGUAUCGCCGGUGGACGAGGGCCUCCGCCUCAGGUUUGCCAAGAGGGAUUUGCACGGCGUCAUCAGCGUCGUCCUCGAGGCCAGCUGCCGCCCAAAGAUUCACAAAGUGGUUAAGGUCCGCUUUGUCAGGGGCUUGAUGGAGGGCGCUCUGGAGCGGACCAAGCAUCUCGCCCACGAUCUGUCGGGCCUCGUACCCGCAGCUGCUCAGGAGGCAGAGCGGUGCCUCGAGAAUGCCAAGCAGUCGCUGGGUUCGGCAUGCCAAAGCGUUUGCCACACAGUCACUGAGACCGUCUCCAAGACAUUUGGCGCCAAGCUGGCCAGCAUCGCAGGCGUGCGGCAGCACCUGGAAGAUUUUGCGGUGACGGCCAAGGCGCAGCUUGACGAGGCCGCGAGCAAGAUCGACGUGAGCAAAAUCGAGUCGCUGCUCAAGACGGAAUUGCCAUGGGUGAAGGACGCCCAGAACAAGCUGCAGCUGCAGCUCCUCGACGCCCAGCUGUCAGCCAAGCUCUGGUGGCUGCAGGCCUUUGGCAGCGCCGAGGAGCACGAUGAAUACCUGCGCAAAGCCAAGUCGUAUUCGGCCGACAAGCACGCCGCAGCCGCGGAGAUGAAGCACGCCGAGAAGGACUCGCACGAGCUCUUGAAGUCUGCAUCACGGUUCUGGGCUAGACUUGUUAACUAG